CGCGCCCUCCGUGCUGCGUCCCUCGCGCCGCUCCCGGGCCGGGGGCGGAUGGGCGGCCGCGGGCCGCGGGGCAGCAGUCGGGACGCGCGCGGGAGCCGGGGGCGGCGGCCGGGGCCUGGGCGGUCGGGCGGGGGCGCCCGGGGGCCUCGGAGCGUCGGGGCCGAGAGCGGUGCGGGCCGGGCGGGGCGCAGGCGGGCGGGCGGGUAGCGCCCCGCGUCCGAGCCCCGGGCCGGGCCCUGAGCGCGCGGGCUCCGCGCCGCCGCCGCGCCAUGGCGGAGACCAAGAUUAUCUACCACAUGGACGAGGAGGAGACGCCGUACCUGGUCAAGCUGCCCGUGGCCCCCGAGCGCGUCACGCUGGCCGACUUCAAGAACGUGCUCAGCAACCGGCCCGUGCACGCCUACAAAUUCUUCUUUAAGUCCAUGGACCAGGACUUCGGGGUGGUGAAGGAAGAGAUCUCUGAUGACAAUGCCAAGCUCCCCUGCUUCAACGGCCGCGUGGUCUCCUGGCUGGUCCUGGCUGAGGGUGCUCACUCGGAUGCGGGGUCCCAGGGCACGGACAGCCACACAGACCUGCCCCCGCCUCUUGAGCGGACAGGCGGCAUCGGGGACUCCCGGCCCCCCUCCUUCCACCCGAAUGUGGCCAGCAGCCGUGACGGGAUGGACAAUGAGACAGGCACGGAGUCCAUGGUCAGUCACCGGCGGGAGCGUGCCCGACGCCGGAACCGCGAGGAGGCCGCCCGGACCAAUGGGCACCCAAGGGGAGACCGACGGCGGGAUGUGGGGCUGCCCCCAGACAGCGCGUCCACCGCCCUGAGCAGCGAGCUUGAGUCCAGCAGCUUUGUGGACUCGGACGAGGAUGGCAGCACGAGCAGGCUCAGCAGCUCCACGGAGCAGAGCACCUCAUCCAGGCUCAUCCGGAAGCACAAACGCCGGCGGAGGAAGCAGCGCCUUCGGCAGGCGGACCGGGCCUCCUCCUUCAGCAGCAUAACCGACUCCACCAUGUCCCUCAACAUCGUCACUGUCACCCUCAACAUGGAGAGACAUCACUUUCUGGGCAUCAGCAUUGUGGGGCAGAGCAACGACCGUGGAGACGGCGGCAUCUACAUUGGCUCCAUCAUGAAGGGCGGCGCUGUGGCCGCUGACGGCCGCAUCGAGCCCGGCGACAUGUUGCUGCAGGUGAAUGACGUGAACUUUGAGAACAUGAGCAAUGACGAUGCCGUGCGGGUGCUGCGGGAGAUCGUUUCCCAGACGGGGCCCAUCAGCCUCACUGUGGCCAAGUGCUGGGACCCAACACCCCGAAGCUACUUCACCGUCCCACGGGCUGACCCGGUGCGGCCCAUCGACCCCGCCGCCUGGCUGUCCCACACGGCGGCACUGACAGGAGCCCUGCCCCGCUACGGUACGAGUCCCUGCUCCAGCGCCGUCACGCGCACCAGCUCCUCCUCACUAACCAGCUCCGUGCCUGGUGCUCCACAGCUGGAAGAGGCGCCGCUGACGGUGAAGAGUGACAUGAGCGCCGUCGUCCGGGUCAUGCAGCUGCCAGACUCGGGACUGGAGAUCCGCGACCGCAUGUGGCUCAAGAUCACCAUCGCCAAUGCCGUCAUCGGGGCGGACGUGGUGGACUGGCUGUACACGCACGUGGAGGGCUUCAAGGAGCGGCGGGAGGCCCGGAAGUACGCCAGCAGCUUGCUGAAGCACGGCUUCCUGCGGCACACGGUCAACAAGAUCACCUUCUCCGAGCAGUGCUACUACGUCUUCGGGGAUCUCUGCAGCAAUCUCGCCACCCUGAACCUCAACAGUGGCUCCAGUGGGGCUUCGGAUCAGGACACGCUGGCCCCGCUGCCCCACCCGGCUGCCCCCUGGCCUCUGGGUCAGGGCUACCCCUACCAGUACCCGGGGCCCCCACCCUGCUUCCCGCCUGCCUACCAGGACCCGGGCUUUAGCUAUGGCAGCGGCAGCACUGGGAGUCAGCAGAGUGAAGGGAGCAAGAGCAGUGGGUCCACCCGGAGCAGCCGCCGGGCCCCGGGCCGUGAGAAGGAGCGUCGGGCGGCGGGAGCUGGGGGCAGUGGCAGUGAAUCGGAUCACACGGCACCGAGUGGGGUGGGGAGCAGUUGGCGAGAGCGUCCGGCCGGCCAGCUCAGCCGUGGCAGCAGCCCACGCAGUCAGGCCUCGGCUACUGCCCCGGGGCUCCCCACACCCCACCCCACGACCAAGGCCUAUACAGUGGUGGGGGGGCCACCCGGGGGACCCCCUGUCCGGGAGCUGGCUGCCGUCCCCCCGGAAUUGACAGGCAGCCGCCAGUCCUUCCAGAAGGCUAUGGGGAACCCCUGCGAGUUCUUUGUGGACAUCAUGUGACUCAUGGCGCGUGCCCCAGCCCUGCCUGAGGUGGGGAGCUGGUGGUCCUGCCGCACGCAGAGCUCGCGUGGGCUUGCCUUCUUGGGGGCCAGGAUGGGAGGCAGGGUGGGGGGCAGGCUGGACCACCACCAUCUGCCCCUCAGCGAGAGCCUCAGGGACCUCCCAACCCCUUGUGUCUGGUGGUGAUCCCUCCUGGGAUGAGGAAGACCCCCUUGGGCUCUCGGCUGACCCCCACCUCCUGCACAGCUGUGCCCAGGCCCCCCAGGGUGGUCCACGCGGGGCAACCCCCUGCGGUGCACAGGCCCCCUGUCUGGAGUAGGGAUCUAAUUUAUUUAUUUAUUGCCUGGCCGGUGACUCGGGGGAGGAGGUGACCCUGUCAUCUGUCCCACCUGCCGCUGCCCCUUGGAGCAGCCCGCACCUUCUCCCCUCCCAUCCGGCAACAGUCGAGUCUGAAAGUACGUGGAGGACGGGACAGGAAGACGAGAGAGGGCUGGACAUCCUGCCCACCGUGUCCCAGCCAGGGCAGGGAGGGACCGUGGGCCACAGAGUCAAGGGGCCCCGAUGUGCACAGCUGCCACAGGGAGGGAGGUCUUGGGGAGAUGGGCAGUCAGGUGGCCCGUCCUUGGUGAGUGCACACACGGCGUGCACACAUCUCGGCCUGCACACACCGCGGCCUUCCUGGCUUCUCUGGCCCCCACGUGUCUGUGCUGUAGAUAUUGUAUCAAAGUCCCAGCGUCUAGAUGGUUAACAUAGAGCUGCUUCUGUGUAAAUGCUGCUUAUUUUAAACACUAAAAAGCGUUUAAUUUUAUGGGA